GCCGUAGGCUCCGCCGCCGAUUCUGGUUCCAGUGAGCUGGACGUCGGAGAGAACGAAGGGCCUCAGCCCUGGAUGGUCGCGGAGAAACUCUUCAGCCAUGUUUUUAGACAAUACCAGCCCCACCCAAUUUGCUCUAUUGCGCAUGCGCCAGCGUUGUACACACGCACGCGGACGACGAAGGCACACAUCUGCAUGCACAGUAGUGAUGGCCACCGGCGGAGUUUGGAGAAAAUGGUGGCGGGGCGUAUUACGGGGCGCAUCUUACAGUAUUGUGGAUUAUGUUUAAAAUGAACAUGAGCACUAAUUGGAGCAAAGAAAUUUUCACUGACAAGC